CUUUCAGCUUCUUUCAAAGCUUUAUGUGAUGGAUUUGAAAGAGAUCGCCGUCUACCUAGUGGUACUUUUUUCGUCCCUUGCCGAAGCGAUACGGUGUAAAUGCACAAAAGAAUCGGAGUCGGUAUCCUGCGUUCAUGGAGUAUGUGAGAUGGAGCCUGGAUCAUGUUUGAUGUUGGACCACCCAACGCUGGGGAUUCACUACACAUGCCACAAUAAAUUGCAAAAGGAUGGAUUUUGUCGAGAAAAAACAUCAAAAAGCGGCGCUCUCGUGAGGAUUUGUGGCUGUAAUUCCGACGAUUUCUGCAAUUAUUCCUAUUGGCCUGACAAAUCAGCAGAACAGCCUGCGCCACUGCCACAGCGCCAACCAGAAGCACCUCCACGUAUUUCCGUACAGAGCGCAGCCAGCUCAAUACUGCUGCAGAAGACGUUGGCGCUUCUUCUGUUGAUGCUUUCGUUAUAGCACUCUAAGCUCAGAAAUAUCCAUACGCUAGCGUCUUCCAUUCGUUUUUUGAGCCUGGUUGAAUGUGCUCUUACCUGCUCACUCUCACAUCCGUCCAUGCUAUUUUGUAUCACUCCGAUCUUCCUGUACAUGCCACCCACAGUAACUACGAAUUUGUAUUUUAUUUUUGUUCAGUAUUCUCAGUGUCGCAACUGUGGAAGAUGGUUUUGCACUCGAUUGUGAUAUGCUAUAAUUAUGAUAAAGUGGUCUCG